AUGGCCAUCCGCAUUGUCGGCUGCCACAUUGUCUUCUCCAAUUCUUUGAGCGAGGCAUCUAUUCUUUCUCCAAUCGUGGACUACGAUAAGGAAGAGGAAGUGGGUGAUGCAGAUGACGGAGGUGCUGAUAAGGCGUUGGCAAAGGCAAAAAAUAACAUGCAUGGUGCUGUGGUAAACUUCAUGCGCGCGCUAAACCAGAUGCGGCCAGGCCGCGCCGAUGCCGGCAUCUUUGAUGAGCUGAAUGUGCAGGCGUACGGCCAACAUGUACCACUUGCGCAAGUUGCACAAGUGGCAGUUGUUGGAACACACGCAUUAAGCGUGUCGGUCUAUGACCCAUCUCUCAUUCAGGGCGUUAAGGAAGCUAUCGAAAACUCAAACCCGGUAUUCACUGUACGCAACGACAUGAGCUCGCUUGAGAUCUCGUUUCCAAAGAUGUCUAAGGAGACCCGCGCUGAACUUCUAAAGGCUACAAAGAAGCAGGCGGAACAAGCCCGACAGCACGUGCGUCGGGUACGCCAAGAUGCUAUGAACCACAUUAAGAAGCUGAAGGACAAUGUGUCUGAAGAUGACAUCAGGGUUCAAAAGGAACGCAUUCAAAAGAUUACAGAUGGCGCCAUCGCAGACAUUGACAAGCUAUUGAGCGCUAAGGAAAAAGACCUUCAUACAAUUUGA